UGACGUCAGCUAGGCACUUGUGCGCAUGCGCGGUUUAAGAUUAGGCAGGGACCAGGAAGGACCCAGCAUCAGCUGUGCAUAGCAGGUUCCGCAAUGUCCCGGAGAAAAGCAGGAUUAAACCGGGCUUUAAUGUGAGAGGAUCCGUCCCGUCCCAGCUCCAGCCAUGGCGUGCUGCCGUCCCUGCCCCAGGCUCUGCUCCCGCUCCUCGGCCUACACUCUGGCCCUGGGCCUGGGCUUCGUCACCCUGGGGACCAGCCGCAUCCUGCUGCUCAAAUUCUCUGCCAAUGCAGAAAACAAGUAUGAUUUCCUCCCUGCGUCCGUCAAUCUGCUGGCUGAGGCGCUUAAACUGCUCUUCUGUCUGGUCAUGUCACUCAGGGUCAUAGUCCGAGAGGGCCGCUCAUGCAGAGAGCUGGGCUGUUCCUCUAGUGCCUCCUUCCUCAGUUUCCUCAAGUGGUCGGUCCCUGCUUUCCUUUACUUCCUGGACAACCUCAUCAUCUUCUAUGUUAUGACCUACCUGCAGCCUGCCAUGGCCGUGCUGUUCUCCAACUUUGUCAUCCUGACCACAGCUAUACUCUUCAGAGUUGUUCUAAAGAGGCGCCUGUCCUGGGUCCAGUGGGCAGCACUGAUUAUCCUCUUCCUGUCCAUUGUUUCUCUGACAACGGGGUCAGGGGACAGCCAGAAGUCUAUAGCUGUGCCUGGUCUCCACUCCAGCCCCCUUUCGACCCCGUCCAACUCCUGCCUGCUCUACACACAGCUGCUGGAGCAGAUGAGGAACAGCAGUGCCAGUGAGUCGUGGGUGUCCUCCCUGCCAGGGCAGGCCUGGAGGGACAAGAUGUUGGGGAGGCUUCGCAGUUUUGGUGUGGGUCACGUCCUGCUCCUCAUCCAGUGUUUUAUCUCCGCCAUGGCCAACAUCUACAACGAGAAGAUCUUCAAAGAGGGAGACCAGCUCACCGAGAGCAUCUUCAUACAGAACAGCAAACUCUAUGCCUUUGGACUGGUGUUUAAUGGUCUGUUGCUGGGGCUGGGCAGGGAGGAUCGAGGCCUCACCCUGCACUGUGGCCUCCUCUAUGGGCACAAUAUCUACUCCGUGGGCCUGGUGCUGGUCACUGCUGCCUUGGGUCUCUCUGUGGCCUUCAUCCUGAAGUUCAGAGACAACAUGUUCCACUUGCUGACGAGCCAAAUCACCACCGUUCUGGUCACCUCCCUCUCCCUCUUCCUCUUUGACUUCCGCCCUUCCCUGGACUUCUUCCUCCAGGCUCCCGUGAUCCUGCUGGCCAUCUUUAUCUACAAUGCCAGCCGGCCCAAAGACCCGGAGUACAGCCUGCAGCAGGAGAAGCUGCGGGUCAUCAACGGAGAGGUGUUCGAGAGGUCCAGAGGGGUACAGAGCACACUGAUGAAACUAUUUGAUGGCGAGGAGCUGGAGAGACUGACAAAGCCCAACACAGACAGUGAAUCAGAGGAGGAGUCUUUCUGAUGCUGCGUGUCAUGAAUAGAUGAAGUGGACAUGAACUUCUCCCUUGUUGAUCAGUUUCGUAUUGAAAAAGUUGUAAAUUCUCUUGAACCAAUGAAAAACAAGGCUAUGCUUAGUUUUUGCUCCAUCUCAAGGACAAGUACAAAUUGAAAAAUCACACUUUGCCUAGAAAUGGUCAUAUGUAUGGCUUGCGCACAUUGUUACAUAUGCGGUGUUGAAAACUGGGGGCCAAAGUGCACUGUUCCUUAGAUUUAGAUUUCCUAGUCUAUUAUAGCAUUUCUCUGAAUGAGUGGCAGUGGUUGAAUACAGUGACUGACAGUGCUGUGAUUGUGUGAUGAACUUUAUUGGAUGUCUUAUUCCACUGCGAUGGUAACAGAAAUACUGUAAGGCUGAUGUACAUAAUUUUAAGAUGUGCCUGUCUCUGUAUGUGCCUGUCUGCAGUCAGAGAAAUAUCAAGGAUCCAUUUCGUCAGUGUAUAUGCUUGGAAAUUAUUCUCUUACUGUGACUGGCAUCUGAGGAAAUGAAACUUACCACUUUUAUUAUUGGACAGCUCUGUUUUCUGAAUGAUCUCUCAGUUUCAGUAACAUUGCAUUGAGCAAUAGUUAUUGCAGUGCAGCUAUUUGGAUGUUUUAAGGGGAAUAAUGUACAGCGCAGUGACGAACAGCAACAUUUAUGCCAGUUUUAUUGCCGGAUUACCUUUUCAUAUACCAGGACCAUCAGCGAGGACAUGCCACUUUUCAGCUAAUAAAAGCACAACACACUGGCUCCUGGUGCACUUUUUUAACCUUGAACUAAUUUCCUUCUGCUUUCAGCUGGGGGGGAUUUCUUAUACUGUACAACUGUGAAAUACUGUUUCUCUCUUGUACUGUUAGCAUGUUGUUUGUGCCAUAAAUGCUCAACUUGAAUAUGGAAGCACCCUCUGGAAUACACAUAACAAAUCUUACCCCUUUUGAUUGGAUGGAGUGUUAUAACUCAAACAUGUUGUUUGGAUUUUAUGUGACCUACAAAUAAAUGCUACCUAAAUCCUGAAAA